GUUCGUCUUGACGUUUUAGGAGACGAACAAACAUGAAGAACCCGCUCGGUCUGAAUACAAAGAAAGUUGUAAGUGAAGAUUUUUCGAAUUUGAGAUCGAGAACCAGGAAGGCUCCAAGAAAAAGAAAAACGUACGUAUGAUUUUCACGCGGCACCUCGUUGAAUGUACUAGAAGCAAGAGAGCACUACUUCAUCGUCGGCGCGGAGGUUGUACUAUGGCCUGAGUGGAAAGAAGCGCAGGCGAAACCGUCGUGAAGCGGUUCUAAUUUAUCAUCAACAAAAUGAUGAGUACUCUGUAGCUGAAACUUUUUUUGUUUGCAGGGUGUUGGUGCGGGGCAACAUCAUGUAACAAGAUGCUCGGCGAAACACGGUCGAGCCAAAGACAGCAGUGCUGUUAGUGGAGUGCCCCGGCGUCGACGUAUGAAUAGUAGAACACACGAAACUAACGUCAAAUCAGGUUGACACAGUGGCAGCUUCUGCUGGUACGGCAUGUUGCUAAUGUUGGUCUUAUAUAUACCUUCACACGGAUCGGUCCGGGUAAUUAGAUUGAAGAUUUGGUCAUGCCCACCACAACAAGCAAAGGCAUGUGCACGAUACAUGUUGUCGUAUUGAUAUGACGAGGUGCUAGUGACGAGCAAGAGAACAGCGCGAAGGGUGUACUGCCAUCGAGCUGAUUUUAUGACGUUUCGUUUUUCGAUUGCAGACAGUUCGGAGCAGUUUUGCCGCGGCAAAAAGGGCGACAGAAAUCAUGUCGGCGCCUGAAGAUCUCCUCGGCUCGCCUGAGAUCCCGAGCCUCAUGGCGAAGGAGGAGGAGAUAUGGUGAAGAGAAAUGCCUCUACUUCCAAGAUGAACUCAAAGAAAAUAUGUUAUACUCGACAUUUUGUAUACUUAGUAGCAGAAAUCCCUGGGAGGUAUCGCUAUUGCGAAAAACAGAAGCGGAGAAGCAGGAAGCUGUUUCUUAUUCCUUUGCAUGGUAUUAUACAUAGGUAUGGAUGAUUUCUGUUGCUUUCGCUGUGCUAUCCACGAGGACCGAGACAUCUUCAGGCAUUCCCACGGAGGACCAGCUUGUUACUUCAGGCCUUUCCGUGAUCAGAAUCUCCACCUGUAGCUCCUGUGGCUGCUUGCAGUCCCUCUCCCUUGAUAUAAUUGCAUGACAAAGUGACCACUCGUUGCUUCUUAGCAUCGGUUUCGCGGUGAUGCAGAGUCUUUGAGUGUGGGAGGUAGACGGCUUUUUUCGCUCUCAUAGGAGAAAGAUGACGAAACCCGUCCGAAGCCGUCGCUGGAUCUUUCCUUCGGUAUUUCUUAUCAAUUUUGGUUCUUGAGUGUGACUGAUCCUGAUGAAAAAUGCCAGCACACCCACUCAUUUCCAUUUGUACUCUGUUGAUGUUGGAAAUGAUGUCAAUGGUGAGGCAGCUGUGCUUCGAUCCUUGUUAAUCACGAUUACCGCCCGGAAAGUAGCAUAGAAAUAGAUGCACUAACACUAACAACAACAUCUUCACGGGCUCGAUCGAAGCUUGUUUGAGCGUAAGUACGUAUCUGAACCAAACAAUCUUCCAUGACAUCAACGACCUACAUUCCAUGAGCUUUUGAAUGGGAAGACCCAACCUGAAAAAAAUACAAACAGAUCAAUUUCGCAUUAAGAAAAAAUCGAUUUCAUUGUUCGACAGGCGACACGCCGAUGGAGUUCCAGCGGGUUAACCUGCUGGGGUCUCGCCUGCAGCAGGCCGCGAUCUACUCCCUGGUGCUAUCGCUGAACACAGUGACCUACUUGGACCUGAGGGGGAACAAUCUCGACGCAACAUUUGGGUGGAGACUGAUCAAGGCCAUGAAAAAGCGGUAUCUCCAGUUGGAAUAUUGCAAUGGAGUGAACACGUAUCAGGGCGAAGAAAAGAAGCGGAUCAACGUCAUUAUGUAUCACUACAUUAAGCUGAAUGUUUUUUUGUCCGCAUUUCUCCGAUUUGCAUUUGCAUUUGCUUGUGAAAGCAGAUGACAAAAAUAGGUCACGCUGUGGUCCUCUUCAUCGACGCUUGUCUUGCAUUUGAUCCUUCGCAUGAGACGGCGAGGACGACGUCAAUAAGGUCGAGUUUGUGUUAUUUUGUGUUGAAGGCAACCGAGUGAUCGAGGUGGCGGUGCGCCGUUCUUCUUUCUUCUCUUUGCAUACUAGACGGGCCAUCCGGGAUAACCAGGUGCAGCACCUGAAUCUAGCUGGGUUCGACGGCCACUCGGGGUUGUAUGGGAUUGAGGUGGUGGGCGCGAUUUUUCUGGCGCAUUUCCUUCGAUUGAACAGCAGUUUGAAGUCCUUGAACUUUCGCCGGAAUCAGGUGGAAAAGGACGGCGCCAAAGCCUUGGCCCAGAGCAUGAUCGGCAACGCCAGCUGUCAGAUAACCAGCGUGAACGGCCUCGGGAUCCGCAAACGGGAGCGGACCGGCGUCGACCUCCGCAAGUUUCGCAAGAACGAAGUGCCCGAAGUGAACCUCGAAAACGCGGGCUUGGACGACGACGACGUGGUGUUUCUCGAAGAGUGGCUCCUCAGACACGACUGCACGGUGGACCUCAACCUGUCGCGAAACAACUUCUGGGGCGAGGGGGUGCGCAAGCUUCACCGCUACAUACUCAACUCGAAAACUCUCGUCAACCUCAGACUGGACGGGGUUCCCCUCGAUCUGGAGGUAUUACGUCGCUCUCUACUAUGUGUUGAUAUUAUUUUCAAUGCUUCAUUAUUCCUACUGCUGUACUGAGUACGUACUACGUUGCGAAAGGAAAACACACAUGAGUAGGCACUUUCAUCAUCAUCACGCUCAAGAAGCUCAUGGCUAAGUAGAGAUGGCCUUCACGACUGUGCAAGUGCAUGUGCUUUUCUUUUUUGAUUUUGCCAUCGACUAGCUGAUAUCCAUGUCUACGAGUAUGACAAAGACCACGACUAGCGAUAGCGAACGAACGCAUAAACUACACUCCAGGGCGUCUCCUUAAUGGCAAAGGCCUUGUCGCAGAAUGUGGUGCUCGAACAAGUCUCAUUUUACGAGAUGGAAAACAAGAUGGAAAUUAUCUUCAGCGCAGGUCGCUUUUGCACCGGAAAAAUAAAUCGCAGUAGACAGUGCUGCAUCACUCAGCCUCGCAUCUACCUCGCACGCGACGUAGGUCGGUACUUUUUCAUGUAAAUGCAGAACCUUUUUCAUGUAAAAUAGAAGAGGUACCUAAGUAUUUGCGUCGACUUUCUUUGUAAAUGCUUUCCCAGAACAAUCAAAAAAACCUGCGAUUUGCACACAGACGGGUGUCGGGGUGAGGUGCAGCUGCAGAAGAUGAUUUUCCUACCGAUACGGUUUCGACCCGGGCCUGUCUAGGUAUACAAAAGGAAAAGCAGGUAGUGAUGCACAGUUUGGCUGUGGUAUGAAAGCGAAAAGCUCUUGCUCCCCCAGUAUUAACUUGUCUUCAGCUCAGAUCAGCAUCAGCCCCACGACUGAUGAUUUGUCCGCGCCACUGUCUGUACCUGCGAAACGACUUUGUCGAUGACGAUCCGGAUCCUGCUUCGCUGAAGCAGUGGUAAUUCUCCAAAGAGGGCCUUUGUCGUGGACAGGACACUUUUUGGUUUUGGAGGCAUCAUCGUGUUUCACGUUUAUCUUCCACCAUCAGCAUGCCAUGUCUGAAAGAAAGUGUGUUGGCAGUCACUUAAUCAUGUAAUGACAGGGGCAGGGCAGUUUUCGCUUUCAUGAUUUGCACUAGCCAAGCACCCAAAAAUCGCCACGUUUGGAAAAUCACCACUGAAGAUUAGCGCGAUUAAGGACGACCGCAUGGCCGAGCUGAACGUAUCAAAGCAACAAAAGUCGUCACAUCUCUCUGUCGUCCAUUAUUUUUGCAAACGGCAUUUUGAUGGUGGUGGAGCACUAUGCCUUGAUGUAAAUAAGAUGACGACAAGCGCUUUCUUGCUUCGUUCUUGUUGCUGUCGUUUACUUCAACACGGACGACCGAGUUGUGGAUUGCUAUUAUUUAGUAACGAGUACUUGAUGUCAAUGAGGACACUGAAAAUAAACCGCGAAGGCGAACGGCGAUGAGGUGAUGUAGAUUUUUUCAUGUUGAUAGCUUGUCGACCGCAUAUUUGCCAGCCCUGUGAAGUCCGAGAUUGCCCUCUAUUUUUGGCUGCUCGCGGUGAUCUGCCCCGCGAGUAAAACGGAUUUCAAGUAUGGAGCUGCCAAGACGACCUUCACCAACGAAUUUCCAGCGGUUACCGCCUACCCAGUUAGCUUCUGUCCGGCGCUGAACAAUUGUCUUCACGAGUGCCGCCACAUUCUUACGAAAGUACUUAUAGCAACUACAUCCAUCGGAAUUCAUGCUCCCUGCUUUUCAUUUAUUGUUACAUUGGGACGAGCCGUUCUAAAAUUAUAAGUUUGCGAGGGCUACAGGACAGAACAUUCCUCAAGCGGCAGCUUCAUCUAAUACGCAGUAGAAUUUGAAUUGCAACUUCCUGCUUAUUCUUAUUGCUUUGUUUGAUUUACAUUUUCAGGUGCAACUCGCCAUUCCGCCGGGUAUGGACGGGCUAGCGGUGCAAAUAAUGCGUCAUCUCAGAACGUCGAAGUCGCUGCUGGAUCUGAGGCUGCCCGGCUACGCGGCCGCAACCAUCACGGAGGUGCCGCCGGAUUGGAGUAACGACGGACGGUUGCCCACCUGGAUUAAAGACAAGCUCGGACCCCAUAGAAAACACUGGCAGGUGCUGCAGAACUUUCUCGCGGAAAUACCAACCCUGCAAGUCUUCGGAAACGUCAAACUCAAAAACUACGACUCCGAUAGUGCCGAGCGCGCACUUUUGUUGGUAACAAGUUCUGACUAAGAGCCAAAUCUUCACAGGCGAAUUCUCACUUUUUCGGUACGAAUGAAUUAAAAUCACUGGAAAUGGGGCGCAGAAAUUUUUUUACUGUGGGCAUGUUCCUGUGGUCUGAGAACGCGAAAGGUUGGCUAGUGCCAUUUGCUAUGCUAGUAGUCGUACAAAUGAAUCCAAAUGCUGGCACUAAUAAACUGAAAACAGCUUCUGGAAUGUUGCCCGGGCGUGGUGUGCCAGCUCGGCGGCGGGCAGGAUGAUGAAAACUCCUUGCUGAUGCUGUCCCUGACCUGCGGCAGAAAAGACUUGAAGAUCCCCUUCGUCUUUGACUGCUUUCGGCUCGUGGACAAGCUGGUAUACGACAUUGACCUGCUAUGAAAGUGCACAAGUCCCCCUCGCCCUCAUUUGUAAUGCAAAAUACCAAACUCACACGAGCACGACACCUUGCUCGUAGGCACUGUUAGCGCGACAAAUUUUGGAACCUCAAAUAGAUACUACUACAAUCCGCAUACAGAUUUGUCAUGAAAAAGUCCCUUUUCCGCUGUUGCUUGUGUUGCUGUUCAUACAAUACAAAUGAGGUGGAGGGGGAAUUGUGCACUCUCAUACCUGCACUUCCUCGACCAGAAAGCGAGCGGCGUGGCGCAGACGCAGCAGGCAAUCGCGGCCUACCUGCAGGAGAACAACGGGAACCGAAACAUCCCUCCCUUCGUGCACAACCUGCGGCUCCGCAGCCAGAACACCGCCGUUGAAAUGGUCCGCGCCGCCAAGCUGCUGCCAAACUUACGCGAGUUCGGGCUCGAACGGCUGGAAACGGUUUUGGACGCGCUGGUGGACGUUUUCCAGAGUCCCGACAGCAAGCAGGACCUGGAGCGAAUACGGCUGGACCGCAAGUGGCUCCAGACGCGGCGGGUUCCGAAGGUCUUCAGCGAGGCGCAGCGGGCGUCCCUGGUGAAGCUGCAACAGGUAUUGAGAGGAAAAAUCCCCCCUCCCCAUAUCGAAAAGGUAUGUUUCCGAAAAUUUGUCUUGCUGAUUUGAGACCCCAAAUCAAGUCUGUCUUGCAAGAAGACAACGCCGCAGGCUCUGCCGCACUAUGCAGGCGGUUUGUCAUGCUGUUGGGCCUACAGCGUAGACGUUUCUCAUGCUAAGCGCCUAGGCCAAAAGCUCUCUACUCAGGCUUGGCAGGCGCCUGCAGUCCUCGCCAGCAAGACAGAUCUGAUUUGGGUACGCAAAUCCAGCAUCAGAAACUUCGUUUCGAUAUGGGGAGGGGGGAUUUUUCCUUUUGAUAACAGGGCAUCAGCUCCGCGGCCUCGAAGAGCUUCGAGGUGAUGACGAGCGCGGUGGGCCAGGUCCCGAAAAACGCCCUGGUGGCUAUGACGCUCACCGACUUCGCAAACGCCCUGGGCGCGGUUCUGGUGGACGGGUGGGCCAAAAACGACACCUACGCGCCCCAGGUCUACAUCCCUUGCGUAACCACGCCGAAAGAGUACUACUACCCCGAAGCCAGCGGGGGCAAGUGGGAAGGGGGGCAGUUCUACCCCGACGACCUUGGCGGGCACACCCCGCUCGCGUUUGAGCUGCCCACGCUGGACACCACCCUGCAGCUGCGGGAAGUGUCGCUCUGCCAAGUCAACCUGAAGCAACUGAUCGGCAAUCUGCGGUGCGACGAGUGGCCGAACACCAGCCGAGCGCUCUGGGCGAAGCCGCGAUGCAAAUUUCGUCCGGGACAGUACCUCGAAAACGACGCGCCCGGCGGCGGGAUGGAGAAGCUUACGGACCUACCCGGGUUCUCCGCCCUGGAAAUAGACCCCAACGAGGUAGAGCAAUUUCACUGGGACCCGGUGGGCACCAAGCUCGGCACCGAGUCCGUCCUGCAGAAAGCAACGAGCUCGAGCCAGCUACGGGAAAAAAAAUGUUAAAGCAUGUGGUCGUCGUCAUGAUCUUGCGGGCAGGAUGACAUACAUUGACAGUAAGUUGAUGCAGUAAGUAAUUCUGCCAUGAUGUUGAGGUGAGAAGUUUCGUUUGUACGGGAUGAGGAGCGAGAAGCUCAAUAACCAUGCAAGGUGUUGAAGUACAAGCGAGCUUUAUAGUUCAAGGACAAGAGACAAUCUCGAUCACAACCAUCCUCGUCUCAACCAAUUUAAAGUUAAGAUCGUAUAUGUAUUGCUCUUCCAUCUUUCUGUCAGGCGACUGUGACCAAAGAUCUUUUUGCAAUUCAUACAAGAGUUUCAGCAGUGAUUUUCUCCGCGUGUGCCUGGAGUCGCUAUUGUCCAGCCCCACAAUAGCAUCCUUGGACCUGAGGGGGAACGGAUUGGACAAGCAGGACUGUUUGUACAUCAUCAGUCUGCUCGAGAAGAACAACACUUUGCUCACACUGAACCAGAUUCCCGUCGUGGUCGACGACGCGCAGAAAUAUUGUGGGAAAAAAAGGUAUCGUAGAGGGUGUACAUACGUGGAGUAAGUUUUUGACAUGAAAAUAUGAUACAACUUACAUCGUGAACGUGAUCCUAGAAAGCCUCCACGCAGGAGAGGCAGUGCCUGAACUUUUUGAAGCUCGUGUGUGACACCAUGACCAUGAAGAUGAUGUAUGGUCUUGUCUCUGUAGUUGGUACUAGCGUAUUUUUAUUGGUGACAAAGAAAAAAGGGUAGUACGGCAACCUCAACGAUACAACGAUUUUUGCCCUGCAUACCACGAUGCGAGAGUUGAAGUUCGAUCACCACGGCAUUCCGGUGCCCCAACUGGCGGAGGAAGAGCAGAAAGAGAACGAAAGCAACAACAUCUACUGCGCCACGGCCUUCGCCAGCGAAUACGUCACGCUAGACGAGGGAGACGGCUACUUGUUUGCGUCCCUGGUAACGUCGACCAACUUUCCCGAGCUUACCAGUAUCCAGGUGAAGGAUCACGCGGUAUCCGAUUCAACCUUGGCUUACAUUUGCGACGCCCUGCUCGCGCUGCCAUCACUGGAAAAUCUGGACUUCGUGAAUUUGAAGCUCAGGUACAUGAUACUGCUUCAUUAAAUACCAAUACAGCGGUUUUGAGUUUUCCAUAUUCUUAGGUAAGCGUCUUUCGAAUUCGAUGGAUCGCAGCUCCUGAUUCAACACCUGGUACUACAACUUUCUCCUCAUGAAGGAGUGAUCCACAUCGGCAUCUGCAGAUGAACAUAACCAAACAAGUAUCAGAAUCGAUCGAUGCAGCUGCAAGAUGAACAAAAAAAAAUAAAAAGGGGGAUGGUCUUCUCAGUUGUACGCGAGACCAUAAUUGUCAAAAAUCGAUAGAGUCGUGACCACAAAACAACGCUAUCACACCAGCAAUCGGGGCGCUAAUCUGCUGCUGUCAGCGGUUUCCGAAAUUUCUUCGCGUCUCCGCACAGUGAAUGGCAUUCCGCUGAUGAGACUACUCGAAGAGAAGAAGGGUCAGGUUACUGGGACGGACAGCGUCAAGGGGGCCAUACUGGCCAACGAUGUGGUGUGGAACGACUUUUCGCUCGGGCUUCUCUCCAGGCUAAAACUCUGGCCGCACGUCGUGUGGCCGGAACCCAACACCUCUCCGCUAAAAAUGGAGGGACACACCAUCACCGAUGUUGGCGUGCGUGGUCUUUGCGGCUUGCUCAAGUGCUUCACACCCGCGGACGGUACUACUUCAUUUUAGAAGAAGUGUAGUGAUCAUAGUGGUCAUAGAGACAUCUCUUCUGUUUACUUGAUCUGUUGAACGUUUUCUGCUUGGACUCAUUCUCCACUGAUACUUGAGCGCAGCGUAGGCCUGAUUGAGAUGGUGGUGAUACGUAUGAGCACUUUUCAGCCUGUAGCUUAAGCUUUUGCUUUUGACAUCACAAUUCGAAAGUGAUAUUCCCACGCCCCGCAUCUUUCUUUUGUUUCUGAAACGACAGGCCUCCCCUCGUCGACAUCGCUUCCGUUUUUGCAGGAGCUGAACCUGUCGCGCAACCCGUCCCUGACGGAUGCAGCGGUGGCGGUUUUGUGCAAGCAAUUAUCGGUCGAAAACGCUUGCCCGACGCUGGAGAAGCUGACCGUCCGGUACUGCCCGAAACUCCGCGCGCGGACGGCGUUCGAGCUGUACCAGCUGCUCCGGUCCAAGAUUGCACUGACCGCCUUCGGGGAGGCGGCCAGCGUCCAGCAGGAACCCAGCAGCGCGGGGCUGAAAAGCCUGAAGGUGCUGAACGGCAUCGAUAUCGAGGCGCUUACCGUCGCCACGACGGCCGGAAAACCCCUGCCGCCCGCCGUGAUCCGCGUGGACGUCGACCAAGCGGUGGGCAACAGCGUUCUGUCGGAAUGCGACGCGCACUUCUUCGCGCACGUCCUGCACACCUUCCCGGCAAUCCCACACUGCCACGUGCAUCUCCUGGUCACACACAACAUGGACAUGGAGUCCGAGCUGGCAGCCAUGGAGCAAAAGUGCAGCAAGCGUAGACACGACGUCAGUCGAGCACCGACCGGAAACACCGCGCCUUUCGUGCCACCAAUAGUCAUCAGGUACAGGCAGAAAAAUUUACUUUGUCCAGCACGUCCUGUCCAGGUGGAUGUUGACUUCCGAUUGAUCACAUCGCACUGUUUUGUGAUUGUGGAUUUAUGUGGUGUUGUUAGUACUGAUUUUCGUUGUUACACGUCGAAUUUUCAGGUCUAAGCUGGAGCGUGAGCUGAAGGAAAUAGUACGAUUUUUCCGCGCCACUCCCGUGAGCACCAAAGUGCAGCUGAGUGUGAUUCCAAAGAUUCCUGCCGAGCACGGGAUGCACAUCCAGGACGACGGCACCAUUUUCCUAAUGCAGAACCAAGAAGAAAUGGAUAUGGCGUUCUCAAAUGUUACAUUCUCAACUGUUGCAUGAAUUUGUGAUGCAAGAAUGGCAAAUGUGAAAAGAAAGGAAGGACCUUGCGCGUCUUGCAUGACAGAUUUGACACAGAUUCUGAGCCUGUUUGGCCGUAUGAGAAUUUGCCGCGCGAAGCGGCUUGAUGGCGUCGAUAGUCAAGGUAAUUUUGCAUGACAAAUCAUGUAACAGUUGAGAAUGUAACAUUUGAGAACUCCAUAAUGGAUACGGUCGUGAAGGCGGUCACAAAAACGGUGCACGUCAACACAGCGGGCCCCGCGGGCAUUUUCGGGCACCUGGUGGAGAAAUUGGUGAAGCGGAAAGCGCGGAAGGACGCGGCGAUAAGAGGAGGCUCGGCAACCGCAGACGGCGCAGCCGCACUCACGGACCUACCCGCCAAGCCGCUUUAUGUAAACAACAUCAACAGCCAGCGCAUGCACGACUGCUUCCGUACACUGUAUGGAAACGAUGAGGUGCACCUGACGCACUCCGACAUCUACAGCGACAAGCUCCUAGGAAAAUGGAAAAAACAUAUCCUCGCGUUGUCCUGGCAAUUCGAAUUUUAGAAUUUCAAUUUUCACAGUCCGUGUGGUCUGUUUUAAGUAUUUUUAUUUGCAUGCAAUUUUUUUGCCAAAACCAAUUAUAUGUUGUGUUUUGCCUGUGCGUGUCGAUCUGGUGUGCUGCAAAGUAUAAUUUUGCAAGCAGAAGAGUCAACGUUGGCACGACAACUCGAAGUUUUUUCCACAGGAUGACUGGCCAAGCACCGCAUCUGUUUUCCCUUCGUCGAUCCCGCCGUGGUGGGCGACAUUUUGGGUUCGGUCAGCUCCAUGGACAUCCAGCACCUGUUUCUUUCCAUGUCCCCCCUGAGUUGGGACUUGGGUGCCGCGGACCAGUUGGACCUAGCGUCGCUGACGCACCUGAACCUGGCAUUCAACAACUUAGGGGACUCCGGCGUGGUGGACCUGUACAAGCAUUCGCUUCUAUAUCUGAUUUUUUUUUGUUGCACUUUUGCGGUGGAAAAAUGUCGUCCUCUCGAAGCUCACAAGACUGCAACGCGCAUACAAAAAUUCCAAAACCCAGGAACAAAUAGUGAAGCGUGAACGCAGAGUAAAAGCUACUGGGCCUGGAUUGUCAUUGUGUACAUAAUGUAGAAGUUUAGCCUCCAGUACCAGUUCGUGAUUAUAUAUAUCAAUACAACCAAAUCUCAGGUUUACUUCGUUGGUGAAGUGUGGAUCUACGCUAGUGCACGUGAGCGUGCAGGCGAAUCAGAUGAGCGACAUCAGCGCCGUGUGCAUUGCGCACAGCAUCCAGUCGCUGCCGCGCCUCUCGUCGUUGAAUCUGUCCGAGAAUAACAUCACCGAAUCUGGCGCGAUGGCGCUCGCGGAAAGCAUCGGCGGCUCGGAGCUGCAUCACAGCGAGGUGGAAACCAGCUUGCUGAACGUGCUUUCCGUCGACUUGGGCAGCAACCGGGUGCGCGAGCUGGGCGCUCUGAGGUUCGCGGAGAUGGUGGCCAUGCACCCCACAAUCCAGUUCCUGUGCCUCUCCAACAACGAGAUCGCUUUCCGCAGUGACGAGGCGUUCUCCGCACUGGUCUACGCCGCAGCGGCGAGCGCUGCGCUGGCGGUGCUGGAUUUGCGGGGAAAUUUCGAAGAUAUGGAGUUCAAUAAGGUGCCCGCGGAGAUCGUCAGCCGCUUGCUCAACGAGCCGCUAGGAGACUUUGACCCGGUCGAGAUGGAACAGGGUGUGUUCAUUCGCCGAAAAUAAGUUUAUUGCUGGAAGAAGUUCGCUCCUACCAGACGAGAAGUCCAUCGAGUCGUGAUACUGAGAAAACUCCUUGUACGCGUAGCCCGCUCCUCGGGGCCUACUUACCCUGUAGUUCCAUCCUCUUCCACGCGGCGCGGACGGCUGUAAAACCCGAGUUUCCACUCAACACCUGCAUCUUUCCAACUUUCUUUUUUUUUGAACGCUUCUACACGUCCCGUGUCGGGACUACUCGAUAAAAAAACGUCGGCAUUCUAAUAGAUGCAGAUGGCGCCCCUUAAUACCGUUCAUUACAUUACUACUUAUUACAACGUGACAUUGCGUCAAGCCUCGUCGCAGGUUCUGCAUGACGAUGCGCGACUGCUAUCUUCGCAAAACAUUUUUUAUCCACUUUAUGCAAAAUCGAAGUUUCCUUGAUGAAUAUUUCUAAGGCUGCUACUUGACUUUUAUGGUUGUAAGUGUCAUCGAGAAUGUUGACAGAUGGAAAUGUAAAAUUGCUGUACAACAUCAUAGUCAUCUCAUUUAAUAUGUAGUUUCAUUGCAAAUGCUCAUCGUCACCUCAGAAAUGAUCUUCAAAGAACCUCCCUGUGCUUCUAUUCAACAAUCGUCUUCAACUUACAACUUACGUUACUAUCUGUUACUGUUUGAUUACUAGGCAAGAUCAGAAAAAUUACCGCGGCCUGCAGCAUGAGAAUGAGCGGGACCUUAUCGUGACUCGUUGACUCUCAUCCUUCAAUGCUAGUAGUUCAACCUGCUGGGGCUCGGGUUUGAAAAAAGGAAAUGAAACCAUGACACAUAAUUGUACAAUGUUUAUAUAAAAGUUGCUAGCUUGAGGAUGGAAGAGAAGAUACCGCGAUUUGCUGCUUGACGACGGCCGACUGGUGAUCCUUGGAUGGAUUUGGAUAAUGAUAUUACGGGCUAGCUGUUUACAAGAAAAUAUGACCAUAAAGGCCACGCUAAUAUGGCGUGACG